CAGCAGAUAAAGGCGGCCCCGCCCGCCAGCCGCGAGCUCCUAGGCAUCCCUCCGCGCCCCGCCCGCCAUGUCCCGCCGCUGCGCGCUGCUCACCUGGGCCCUCCUCGCUCUCCUCGGCCUCGGCCUCGGGGCGCCUGGAGAAGAAGCCCCAGGCUCCUGCUGCCCCAUAGUGCCCCGGAGGGAAUGGAAGGCCCCGGCGUCCAAGUGCGGGGAGAAGCUACAACACCCCGUGCGCUACGUGGUGGUGUCGCACACCGCGGGCAGCCACUGCGACAGCCCGGCCUCGUGCCUGAAGCAGGUGCAGAACCUGCAUAGCUACCAUUCGAGGACGCUGAACUGGUGUGACGUGGGCUACAACUUCCUGAUUGGAGAAGAUGGGCUCGUGUAUGAGGGCCGGGGCUGGGACAUCAAGGGCGACCACACGGGUGUCACCUGGAACCCCAUGUCCAUUGGCAUCUCCUUCAUGGGUAACUAUAUGGAGCGGUCACCCCCACCCCGGGCCCUCAGGGCCGCCCAGAGUCUGCUGGCUUGCGGUGUGGCUCAGGGAGCCCUGAGCCCCACAUACGAGGUCAAAGGACACCGGGAUGUGCAGCGGACGCUCUCUCCAGGGGACCAACUCUAUGAAAUCAUCCGGACUUGGCCGCACUACCAUGAGUGAGGCCCCGUCUCCCCCUACACCCAGAAACCCCACCGCUUCUCCCCUCCAAUAAAGAUGCAGCUCAAACUGUG